AUGGUUCUGCCUGGCAGCUCAAAUUCCACUUCUCCGAAGUCAAAGCCGAACAGCGAAAACGUCUUCGACCUGGAGGCGUUGAUUUUGCGUUGGGCGAGGCAGAUCUUCGACAUCACGAAGACCAAAGAACAGGCACGCAUUCCGAAGGACUUCCUCGAGUUCACCAUCAACUGGAAGCAAGCCAAAUUCCACUAUGGCAGCCCAACAUACAGCGGAAUUCCGUCGUUCAAGAAGCGACAUGAUCCUCGAUGCCAGGUUCAGCCGCAACUGCUCUUCCGCACUUACUUCGUAAACAAGACCAACCAGGAGCAGGAAUACUCGUUUAAGGCAGAGCGCGUCACGCGAUCGGCAUGCACGGUCAUCAUCGAGCAAGGUCUGACCAGGGGAGCGGAGUUCGGCCUGAAACUGGCCACUCCAUGCGAGGUGCUUGAGGCAAAUGCUGGCUUCAAGCGAGAGAUUACUCUGGCCAAUAUCGACGAGGAUACUGUCGAGGAGGAAAUGACAUGGGGCGUGGACAGCGCUCUUCGAGUACCGCCGAUGACCGAGACGACCGCCGAGCUGAUCAUGACCGAGGCUCAUUGCUCUUCGAACUUCACGAUGGAAACUCGUAUGCACGGACGCGUAAUUGUGUCUGUGACAAACCUCCGGGACAACAACUCGCUAGUGACCGUGAUCGAGGGCAACCUGGCCGACAUCAUGCAAAAGGAGAUUUGUUCUGGACUGCGAGGAUUUCGCAUCGACAAGAAUGUGGUCAUUGCUGAAUACAAAGGGCAGUGCUAUUUCAGGUUCGGCCUCGAGCAACGGAUAAAUAUCACGUCGAAACCGCUGCAGCCCAGUUGA